AUGACUGCGUCGGCUAUUCAGAGCCACUUGCAACAUUCAGCUGCAAGCGACUGCUACGACCCCGAUGACGUUCUUCCGCACGACAGCCCGCAAAUGCAAGCUCACCGUCCCAGAUUACAGCCCUCGCCCAGUCCUCCGCCCGAACUUGGCCUCGGUCCGAAGUUGCUACACGGUCGUCGCAGGGUUGAGCCUAUCCAAGGCGAUGCUGUACUAGUAUCUCAUCUUGGGAACGGUAGGCUGCCAGAAGUCGCCCAUGCAGCUGCCCUGGAGCCACUUGCCUCGGAUAAUGGGUCUGAAGACGAUUCGUCCUCCCCGACGUCUCCUGAUCGCGAAAUGACCAAGCCGGCUGAACCUUUCGAUCUCAAGAUUCUUGCGGCGGACGCCUUGGCCUUCACUGCUACAGAAGCUCCUACCUCGGAUGCGAUUGCCGCCGCGACAUCUAAACCCGACCAUUCGGGCGACGGGCCAAGAGGUCAGCACAAGUCGGUACCCCUAGGGAUCGGUAGUCGUGACCUACCUAUACGCGAUGAGCGCCCUGCUCUGGCUGCCCCCGCCGUAGUCUAUUCUGCCAGUAACAACCACGCGCCGCGUCGUUCAGUGCCUAGCCUGAGCAACGCCGAGGUCACGUCCCCAGUGAGCCCUUCACAGCAGUCGGCACCCGGCGGCCUGCCUCCCCUCCUGGAUUCGCCAAAAUCUGACGGAAGCGGGCAUGGUCCAUUACCGUCUAUAAGGGCCCAGCUUGGGGACUUCAAGCGCUUGGCAGAGACCGCAAUGAGUCCAGAGAAUGACAUAGGCUGCGUACGACAUGCUGCCUCAUUUCCACGCUCGCCUCCGGCAAACAUCCCUCGUUUACCGUCGUUAGCCGGUCUACCAAUCGGUCAAGCGUCGCCACCAAUCUCUCCCAAUGAAGGUUUCCGAAGAGAGCUUCCGUCGCCCGCCCACACUAUACCUUCUCUUAGCCCCUACUACUACUCUUCUUCAUCAAACGGCGGCCAUCAUCGGCCAAGCACCGACUACAGUAGUGGGACAGCAGAGACCCCGAGCACAGAUCACACCGCUUUAACGCCAGCCCAUUCUGUCGCAGACCGCAUGAGUAUUGAUGGCCUCACAAACCCACAAACUGGUUACAUUUGCACGUUCUCGGGGUGCAAUGCUGCGCCGUUCCAGACUCAGUAUCUAUUAAACUCGCACGCCAAUGUUCAUUCGUCUGCCCGGCCUCACUAUUGCUCGGUCAAGGGUUGUCCUCGAAGCGAAGGCGGCAAAGGUUUCAAGAGGAAGAAUGAAAUGAUAAGGCACGGCCUCGUUCAUGACUCUCCUGGAUACGUUUGUCCCUUCUGCCCAGACAGAGAACACAAAUAUCCACGUCCAGACAAUCUUCAAAGACAUGUUCGUGUACACCACGUGGACAAGGAUAAGGACGACCCGCUUUUGCGGGAUGUCCUGUCGCAAAGACCGGAUGGACCGAAUCGCGGUCGACGGCGUAGAGGAGGCCCUGCCUAG